AUGAAACGAAAGACUCCAUUCACCUUAUCAGUAAAAAAUAAAUCUAAAUCAAGAUCAACACAACAUAUAGAAGAUAGUUCAUCAGAUGAUCAGUCAUCUAAGCAAGUAAUGGAAGAUAACUUAGAUGAACAGUCCAACGAAAAGGAAGUAGAAAAGAAACAAACUAUGUGGGAUCAAAUUACUCGAAAGCAAUUUAUAUCGGCUGUUAUGGAAUUAGGAUCCAAUAAAAAACAACUUGAUGAGAAAACAUGGCGUUUUAAUGAUUUCACUCGUUCUAAAGAAUCUAUUUGGAGCCGUUUGAUAUCGAAAUUGAAAUUAAAUUAA